AUGAGCACCCCUGGUCAAAAGACAAAGAGAAUUGAGCAUAUGAUGAUUAAAAGUAAUAUUCAAGGACAUCCUACAACUUGUUAUAGUGCCGGAAGACGGUUUCUGAAGAGUUAAAUACUUAAAUGAUGGCAUUAGAUGAAUGGCAGAAACUAAAAGCUAUUGCUAUAGAGUUAUCGGUUAUUACGAGUCCUGGUUUAUGUGAAUGUAGUCGUUGUGAAGCUAGACAACACACAAAUCUUGAGUCAAAAGAUGAUUAUACUUCAUUUCCACUGGACAAAUCUUCUUCUUUCCUUGAAUUACCAAAGGUUUCUUAUCAAUCUGCUUCUUUAGAUACUUCUCUUCAUGAUGCUUCUUAUCAACGUUUGUUUGAAACAGUUUGUUGCAUUCUUGAACGCUCUUCCAUUGAGUCUUCUCUUUUCUUAGCACGUCAUGCCUGGUGUCAAGAUGUUUCUCUUCAUACUGUAUGGAAUACCAUUCAACAAUCUCGAACUGCUAGCCUUCCUUUACUGGUUCGCUCAUUAAGCACUGAAAGUUCUGCUUCUUUGGUACAUAAUACCCCUUCUACUGCUUCUGUAGGCAGAAGAUUUCGUAAAGAUGUUCAGCAAUUGCUAGAAAAGGCUUUUCAAUGUAAACCUUGGCCAAAUCCUGUAGAAAAAACAAUGCUGGCUCGCCGUUGUGGACUUACUGUCCGUCAAGUCGGCGUAUGGUUCUCCAACCGCCGCGCUCGCUUUUGGUCUGCUUCUGCUACAAUUGCUACUGCUUGUUAA